CUGAAUUGGUCCUCGCGCAACGCUGCGCGGCGGCCUAUGGAAUGCAAGUGCUCCAAUUCCGAAAACGGAAACUGAAAAGUCAAUGAGAAAGCAAUAGUUGAAAAGUCUAAGGCUGUCUUCAUAUCGUUACGGCAUUCACUUCGAUGUUUAUUUUUAUCAAAAUGUUGUUUCGAAAUCUACCUGCUGCUGCGGUCGCAUGCCUGGUCUUGCCGGCUUUUCAAAUAGUCGUGCAUGCUCACUCAGGCAACCGUGAAGCUGUCCGAGCAUGUGGUGUCAUCCUUCGGGAUAUGCCAGAAAGACUCGCAAGCUCCUUUUGUUCGUCCUACGCUGAAAUUCCGGAUAUAACGUCGACAUGCACAUCGACAAAGACUCGAAAAAUCACAGUGACCAGCAUUGCAUCCUGUUCCGCAACGACAACUGCAAGCACAUCGUAUGUGGAGCGCACCACGUUUCUGAGCAUAAUCUAAUGUUAAAAGAAAAUCUACUGACAAAAGCUCUGCCAGGAAGAGCUUUUCCGGCAAACCUUCUUCCAGCAAGAGUAAUACAUCCACUCCGCAACCUGGACCCAGUUCGAUCGUGCCCACUUCCACCCAUUAUAGUGAAACUCUCACAAGUAAAUCAACUGAUACG